AUGGCUAUGACCAUGCGAGAGAUUGUGCUCUGCACAGCUCUGGUCUUUGUUAUCGGUGUCUCCGUCCUUAAUCAAACAUUGAAUUCAUCACAAUCAUUAUCUCGAGGUGAACAUGCAUCACUAUCAACAACAUCCUCCUCGCACCUUUACAAACAACAGAAACAGGGAGAACACGACCGACAGCUCCGACUCAACAACCUCCAAGUCAUCGGCACCCAUAACAGCUACCACCGCGAAGUCUCGCUUCCAGAGCGGGUCAUUUUCCCGUCUCUCAUGGCCAAUGUCGACCCUCGCGUUGAAGACUAUUACUACUCCCAUGCCUCCGUGCAUGACCAACUCGAGCACCAGCAAGUGCGCAGUUUCGAAUUCGACCUGUACGUCGACACCCACGGCGGCCUGUUUGCGGAUCCGCUCAUCCGUCGAUUGGCAAACAUGUCUGAUGCCGACAAACAGCAUUACGGCCUACCCAAGUCCGCCAUGGGACAACCAGGCACAAAAGUAUUGCAUAUUGCCGACGCGGAUGUGGGCACAAUAUGUCAUACCCUCGUCGAAUGUCUGACGCAGGUGAAGACAUGGUCCGAGACCAAACACGGCCAGCACGUGCCUAUACCGAUAUUACUAGAAUUCAAAAAGACAGAACCGGGCAUUGAGAAGCAAGGCGGCGUUCGCGCGGAGGACUGGACGGUCGAGGCGCUGGAUAGAGUAGACGCAGAGAUCCGCUCGGUGUUUUCAGACGACCAACUCAUCACACCGGACGAUAUACGCAAGCAAGCACAACAUAACAUUAAUAAAAAUAUGAACGCUAAUUAUAAUAAUAAUAAUCAUAACGACAACCCAGCCAUCACCCUCGAAGAUGCAAUCCUCUCCUUUGAGCACGGCGGAGGCUGGCCAACCCUAGCCUCAUCACGAGGCAAAUUCUUCUUCGUGAUGGACAACGAGCCGACACACCCGAUCCAAAUACGCGAUCCAUACCGCAGCGGCGGACGCCCAAACCUCGAGGGACGAGUAAUCUUCACCAACUCCGUGCCUGGCGAACCCGACGCAGCAUUCAUCAAGCGUAAUGACCCCAUCGCGGGCAACAACCAGCGCGAGAUUCAGGAUUUGGUUGCAAAGGGGUAUUUUAUUCGCACUCGCGCCGAUGAGCCCAUACAAAUGAUUCUGCGCGAUAAUGGGGAUGCGCCUGCCAUGCGCAAGGCGGCGUUGGCGAGUGGUGCUCACAUAGUCAGUACCGACUGGGCGGGUGCUGGUGUGAGCGCGAGGUAUAAUAGUGAUUAUUUCGUCGGGUUGCCUGGCCCGGCGAGAUGUAAUCCGGUUAAUGCGCCGUCGAUAUGCGAAGAUGAGUAUUUAGAGAUAUUGACAUAG